AUGUCCUAUCUAAGAACAUUCACGAGGUCGGUUCAUCAUAAACUACCACCUGCAAAGUACCCCAAAAUUAAAGCGGAUACUGUUGAGCUUAACCCACCAAAAUAUGGCUUUCGCAAAGUGAGACCACCAAUUUUGGCACAAUCGCCAACUACAACAUUAUUCCCAAAUUCAGAGUUAGCAAAACUAUACGUUGAACAUGGGAAACCAAUACCUAAUAGAUUUGUUAGUCAAACUGAUUCAGAAAGAGCACGUGCCCAAUUUGAAAAGUUUCAACAAGAUUUGGCCAUGGAUGAACCUCAUUUUACUCAAGGUGAGAACAAAGUUUACCUUCCGGGUGGAAGAAUUUGUCUUUUACGUCCAAAUGCCAAGCAUACCCCGUAUCAAGCUAAGUUUUUGGUGCCCAAGUCAAUGAAUAAAAUGGAUUUACGAGAUUAUUUGUGGAACAUUUAUGGAUUAAGAGCAUUGAAUAUAACAGUACAAUUACAACCAGCUAAAUGGACAAGAAAUAUUAGCGAUUUAGCUAGACAUAGAGUACCUCAAUUGAAGAAAAUGACGAUUGAUAUGGCAGAGCCAUUUAUUUGGCCGGAAGUGCCUCAGAAGAAGAUUGACGAUUUGAAAUUACAACAACAAAAUAGUGAAGAGAUUGUCAAGCAUAAUAUGGCUAGUGGUGCUGAUAAAAAUAAACCGUUGGAGGCAUAUGACGGGUUGUUUGAAGAACCAAGUAAAGUGGAAAGAUUUAUUCCUAAACUGGCUAAAAGAGGAAAAAAGUUUGACGAGUUGCACCAGGCACGUAGUCAAGUGUCCAAUUACCUAGGAUUGUAA